AAAAUCAAAAUUUUAGUAGUUCAGUUAAUAUUUAUGAUACUUUAACUUACAUUAAGCUGAUUAUGAAAAUAACAGCCCAACUUUUUCAAAACGCAGGUACAUCUGAUGCCAUGCGUGGAUUCUUAGAAGGACAUUUUCCAACGGCUAUCAAAAAAAUCCUUAUCUACUCCCCGGCUUUUUCUCCUCCUAUUCUCGCUCAUACUUUUGCGGCUAUCGCUGAUUACGUCCAUGCUGAACCGGCUAAUCUUCCUUUUGUUAUUGAAGCUGGCUUAUUCGAUGGGUUUGUCCAGGUAAUGAAGAGAGAACUACCUCCAGCAGCUGACUUUCUUCAGGAAAUGCCGGCUUUGAUCGAAGCUUUUCUUCUUUCUCCUGAUUUACUGAUAAGAGUUAAAGAAGAACAAAUUUUAGAUAAGAUUUUCUAUUGUUUUGAAAUGGUCAAUCUUUGUGAUACAAUUACGGCCUAUGAUAUUUCAUCUACUUACGGUAUGUUCUUGGAAAAAACAGCUAGACACCAUCCGGCUAGUGUUCCUACUAUUCGGGCUAAUAUGCUACGUACUUUAGAUAGUAUUGCUCGUGAUAUUCCCAAUACACCUUCUGAUCUCAUGCAAGCUCUACUUGAAAACCUCUUCCGAAUGAUCUCCUGUUCAGUUAUCUACAAUCCAGGUACAACUCAUUUCUUACUUGGCCCGGACUUACUCUUAUCUUUAACUCAAAUCUUAGGGGCAGUUGAUGCACCAGCUGAUUCAGAACUCUAUGCCAUCAGUAUGGAGAUUCUGCGGACUUUAGCGGCUGAACCACAAAUUGGGGCUAUUAGUCUUCUACUUAGUCGGGUUAAAGAAGCUUUAGGACGUAAUGAGCCUAAAGUAGCCCAACGUUUACUUGUCUUAGUUAAUAGUAUGCUUUUUGCCGGGACUUCAGCCCAUCCUCUUUCCUUAUCUGAAGUAGUUUGUACGUUAAAUACGAUUCAACAAGUCUUCCGUUCUCUUCAAGCCGGAGUUGGUCCAAGUACUACUACUAAUGAUUCUUUAUUUGCUUUACAGUAUGCCUUAGGUCUUGGUCUUCUUCGUUCGGAAGCAGCUACUCUACCACCAAGUGCUCAUGCGCGGGGUCCUGAGCAUCGGAGUCGGUCGGAAUGGGGGACUUUACCCGAACUAGUCAGUACAGUUCUACCCCAGGCGAUUGAUAAUCUUAAAUGGGCCUUGCAAACCAACCGAUCACUAAGUGCGCAUCUUCAAGCACUUAAGAACUACUUUGAACAGGCUAAAUCAUGUCCUGGUAUACAAUCUUUAGCCUUAUCUAGUUUAAGUAUUUUUAAUGAUUUUUGGUUUAAGAUAAGCUCAGCUAAUCAAAACAAACAUGCCGGUCGAUUAGCUAAUGUCCUCCAAAUGAUCCAAGCUAGUGUUCCAGCUACUUUUAGACAAGUAAAUCCAGCCAGUUCUGAACUAGGCCAGAUUGAAGACUUCCUUGUCCAGAUCAUUAGUCAACUAGUGGAGUACUUAGAUGCAGAAGGAGCAAGUGAUGUUUUACUAGUGAUUUGUGCCGUAUUAGAAAGGGAUGAAGCCCAUCCUAGACAUUAUGAUAAGUGUUAUGAUAUAUAUAUACGUUUACUAGAGUCACCAAAAGCAGAUGCUGCUAAGAGUUUCCCUGGUUUGUUAUCUUUAGUCUUUCAAGAUAAGAAAGAGAUAGAAAGACAUUUUAAAUCUGGUCAUUACUUAAUGUUACAACAAGCCUUAUCAGAAGAGACAUGUAUUCUUGAGUGUAUGCGGGCAAAACUACCCGAUCUUAUCAAAGAAUCCUUAUCUAGUUCCAAUCCUGAUUUUAUUUUACUAACUGCCACUACUUUAUACUUUGCUAGUGCUCUAGAUGAUUUACAAGGCACUUACUACACUCGCCGUUUAGUAGCUGAUAUUGAUUUUUCCAAAACUACUCCCGUAUCUCCUUCUCCCUCUUCACCUACUAUUUCAUCACCCAACCCCAAUCAAUCUACUACUUCAUCACCAAAUCAAAAUCAAAAUCAAACUAGUCAAUCUAAUCAAUUUAGUCAAUCUUCACCAAAUCAAAAUCAAAACUUUAAUGCUUACUGCCAUCUCUUAGAGGCUCAAAGUACUCUUGUUCAUAGCGUCUUACGUGCCCAUACGGAAGGAUCCGUCUCCUUAACCGUAUCUAAUCUUUCUCCCUUUUUAGAUACACUUUUUGCUGUGGCUCCUCUGGCUCCUAAUCGUCGGGAACUAGCUAUGCUUAUUGAUCUUAUUCUUCGUCGGGCUUUAGCCACUCCUAUCUCUACAGCUGAUUUACUUAUCAGUCAUGUGAGGACUUAUGGACUUUGCCGGAAAUAUCGUGAUAAGACUCCAGCUGGAUUUGCUCAAAUCCUCAGUCCUAUUGCUACUUACUCCCCAACAGUCGCUCUUUCCUUUGCGGCAGCUACUGUUGAACAAACUCCCAGUGGAACUCUUAUCUUUAAACCCCCUGAGAAUCCCCCUAGAUCACCCCAAUCUUUUGCCCAACCUAAUCAACUCACUCCCUGUCCCUUAUCUCUUUUCCGAGAUAUUUUCUUAUCUUCAGCAAAACCAAAACCUCCCAUGGAAGCGGCUAUUCGGGCCCAUGCUCUUUGCCAAAUCUUAACUGCUCUACCCCAUGUUCUUUCUUCCCUUACUGAUCCCCAAGAUAUGGCCUUAUCUGAGUUUUUUAUUUCCCAAUAUGGUAAGUCUCAAGCACAAGACCCACCUCUAGCCCAUUUAACUAGUCGUUUAAUUACUUUACUUAUUGCUUCUGCUCAUUCCCAUCAAAAAUCACAAAUCUUAUCUCAAUUAUCUAAAUCUCUAGAUACUAAUCCAGCCCCAGCAGCUAAUCUUCUUCUUCAAACUCUCCAGGCCAGAUCUACUCGAUCUACCUUUGAAGAGACUCUUUCCUCCAUCUCCUCACUCCUCCCUACUCUUAUCAAAACAGUCGCUCUUCUUCCUGACUCCCCUGACCUUCCCCCAGUCGCCCGUCUUCUGGAGUACCUCACCCGGGUCUUAGCCCUCGGUCCCGCCCAGGGCGUCUUUGAAGAACCCGCUGAAGAGGCCGAAGAGGAAGAAGAAGGAUACAUGGAAGACUUUGAUACGGAUGAAACCAUGGAUAGUGAUCAAACGGCUUAUGAUUCAACUGAAGAUCUAGGUGGUGAAGAUUCUUUUGCCUCCGACUCACCCGGAUACUCUUCUGGAACAGCCACUGACUCCUUCCCCGUCCAAAUGGAAGCUGAAGCCAUCGAUCCCAGUGCAGCUGAGUUCUUAAGAGGUCUUAGUCAUGGAACACGUUUAGUCCUAGGAGAUACUGAGUUCUACUGUGAAACAGCCGAAAUCUUUAAGGAAGCUUUAAUUCAUCGUCUUAUCCAGAUCCUUCCUAAAACAACUGAAUCACCUCCCUCUCUAAUCAGUACUAGUCCUCCAGAUCAAAAUUCCGAUCUCCUGGAAGAUGAAGAUACGAGUGGAGGCAGUAGAGGUCGAGGCAGCAGAACAAGAGGAGGAGAAGGAAGAGAAGGAAGAGGAGAUACUCAUUAUACUGAGAUGGACUCGUACGAUUCACUUUCAGCUAGUCAGUCUCAUGAGUCUUUUGCUUCUGAUGAAGAGUUCCUAGUGGGGGCUGAAGAUGGCGAAGUCCCUGGUUUAGAUGCUGAAGUCCUGAAUGGUCUACCGGAAGAGAUACUUAGAGAUACAGUUGAACAUUUUUAUCAGGAGAGGAUAGCUAGUAGUUCUGUUUAUCGUCCGAUUAGUUUAGUUUUCUUAGAUUCAUUACGUGAUGACGUCAGACUUAUCUUUGAAGAGGAAGAAGCAGCUUACUUUGCGGCCUUUGCUGAAGCAGCUCCUAGUAGUAGUAGUAUGGCCUUAGUUGAGCCGGAAGUAAGUUCAGCGGCUGUUCGGGAAGGACCUUUACUGGUGGAGACGGGUCAGAUUGAGGAGUUAGUAGAUGCAGUAGUGAGUGUGAAUGGUCCUCGACGGUUACUUUAUGAUUGUUUAUGGAAUAUAGGGAUUAACGGUCGGAGUAGACGGGAUAUUAUGUGCAGUUUAAUGCGGGUAGUGCAGAGUGGGCGGGUGAAGAAGGGAUUUGAUGCGGCGGCUUAUUUAUGUGGACGGACGGAAGAGUUUGCAUUGUUAUUUAGGGAACGAUCUUUGUUAGAGGAAGUAUUUUUAGCGGUUAACAAAAGGAGUGCGAGUGAAUCGAUUAAGUUAUUAUCAUUAUUAGGUCCUUGUUUUAGUUUAAGUAAUAAUUUUGAUUUUUAUUGUUCUGAUGAUGGGAGUAUUACCGGAUUAGGUAAUAAUUUUGAAAAAGAAAAACAAAACAAUAAUUUUGAAAAAAAAGAUAAGGUAGAAAAAUUAAGAAAAUAUUAUCGGUCGCAUGAAGGUUUAAAAGUAGCCUUACCUAAUUAUAUGAAAGUCUUUGAGUUUGAAGUGCCUGAUGAUGUAUUUGAAGGUAUUCUAGCCUUUACCAAAGCAUCAGGAGUUGUCUGGUAUGCAGAGUACUUGGCGUAUCUUUUGCAACGAGCUAGUGAGAUUCUUAUUGGGUUGAGUCAAGUACCUGUCUUUAGUACGACUGAUUACCAGAAAGAACUGACUCGAUUAGUAAGAGUCCUUCUACUGGCGGCUAGUAUGGAUGAGAGUGAAGAAGUGCGUAGGAAGUUACGAGAAGGUUUAGAAGUCUUGGAGAGACAUGAAUUUUGGCGGACUUACUUUAAAGAUGUUUUGCCUUUAGAAAGGGAGCCGCGGCAUUUUACUUCGGUCUUACCUUUGUUUAAGGCUUUUGUUUUGACUUUUUGUCCGUUAUCUAGUGUAGAAGGAUCUUAUCUGGGAUCAAAUGGGUUUUUUAUGGAGAUUAUUGAAAAGGAGAAAGACUUACUUAAUGCCUUUAUCUCUUUACAACCCAACUUACUUUUUGAAGCAUUUAAAGGUCUACCUAGUUCAGUACUUGAUUUUGAUAACAAACGGGUUUUUUUCUAUAAACUAAUCAAAAGUUCUGAUAGUGCUCGACCUGAAGUACCUCUUACCGUUGAUAGGAAUCAUGUUUUUGAAGAUUCAUUUCAUGGUUUGAUGCGUUUACGUGGGGAAGAGAUAAGAGAUGCCCGGUUUAAUAUCAAGUUUGCCGGGGAAAGGGGAGUAGAUGCGGGUGGUCUGACUAGAGAAUGGUUUGGAGAACUCUCCCGGGAAAUGUUCAAUCCUGGCUAUGCCUUAUUUGAUGCGAUUGGUCUGGCUUAUCAGCCGAGUCCUAAUUCACACGUUAAUCCGGAACAUUUGCUUUACUUCAAGUUUAUUGGCCGGGUACUAGGUAAGGCCGUUCAUGAUGGAGCUACUUUAGAUUGUCACUUUACUCGGGCUGUUUAUAAACGACUGCUAGGUCGACCGGUGACUCUUUCUGAUAUUGAAGCGGUUGAUCCGGCUUUUCAUCGGUCUUUAACCUGGAUACUUAACAAUGAGAUAGAUGGAGUACUUGAUUUAACCUUUGCUAUGGAGCACGAACGGUUUGGAGCGACUGAGAUAGUUGAUUUAAAGCCUAAUGGUAAGGAUAUAGCUGUAACUGAUGCGAAUAAGCAGGAAUAUGUUGAUUUAACUUGUGCUUUUAAACUAUCUUUACUGAUUGAUAAGCAAUUAGCUGCCUUAUCAACGGGUUUCUUUGAGAUUUUACCGGCGGAAAGAGUGCGGAUGUUUAAUGAGCGGGAAUUAGAGUUACUGAUUAGUGGAUUACCGGAGAUAGAUGUGGAUGACUGGCGGAACAAUACGUUAUAUGCCGGGUAUACUUCUUCUUCACAGGUAGUACGUUGGUUUUGGCGGGCAGUACGUGAUUUUAGUGUGCAGGAAAGGGCUAAGUUGUUGCAAUUCUGUACGGGAUCUUCUAAGUUGCCGUUAGAAGGGUUUGCGGGACUGAAAGGUCAGAAUGGCAAUCAGAGAUUUCAAAUUUAUCGGGCGCCGGGUGGAGAUAGUCGUUUACCUACGGCGCAUACGUGUUUUAACCAAUUGGACUUACCUGAGUAUACGAGUUAUGAGGAGUUACUGAAGCGCAUGCGAGUGGCUAUUCAAGAAGGAGCCAGUGGGUUUUGGUUUGCCUAG